GGAGAGAGACAAGUUCAGAGACAAGUACGCUGAAAUGGUUCGUAGGAUUUCUGACCAGAUAGGCUGAAGCGAAGCUCAAAGGUUAAGUAUUUUGGCACAGAAGAUAGAACAAAGACAGCACUACUUUAUACAGGAUGCAAAGGCCAAGGAAGGGCGCACUGAUAUGCGUUGCGGUCAUGGUGCAGGAGGCAGUGCAUCUGCGGUGCAGCUAUGCCUGCCUACUGCAUCCCUUUCGAGAGAGCCUACACUGUUUUUCACUGAACAGAUUAUCACAACUGGUUGGUAUGUAUGUGAUGAAGGCUUUAGGGAGACUCACUUAUCUCGUACAUACUUUCGCACAUCGUGGUUAACAGCAACUGCAAUAUCAACCUCUUGCGGAUGUGGGGUAGGCACUAUGGGUUCUGGCACCGAUGCCUACACCGGUGGCUGCGUUAGAGGCUGAUCGUCAAGGGCUGUGAAGACCACGGCGAAGGGUUUGAUUGGCGGUGUUGAAGGCGUGCCGCGGUCUUUGGGCGCGACUGCCCAAAAUCGGUUCCCCUCACAUCCCAGGGCAAC